AACAACAAUUGCAAACGGUUGACUUUUGAGAAGGCAAGCUUGGUAAAUGAGGUCAAUUGAUUGCAAAGCUCCGAGAUGGCCAACUGGGUUGCGUCAACUGAAAGCCAAGCUGACAAGUUAGCCAACAAAAUGAACGACCUGAAGGAAGAGCUGGAGAAAGCUCAGGAUGAGAGGGACAACGGCAUCCAAGUCGCAAAGGAUGAGGCCGACUAUGCUAAAAAUCAUGACAAAAGAGCAGAGGUUGAUAAGGAUAAGGCUUUGUUUGAACUAAACUCCUUGAAAAAGAGGGUGGCUAAAGCAAACCAAAAUCUGACCCAAGCUGUGGCAUCCCUUGAGAAGGUCAAGAAGUCUUACCAGUACUUUGUUUGCAUUGCACGAGGGCAAGGAGCAAAGUGGCUGGUGGGCUUUGAGAUGUUUCAAGACGCCGUGGUGGUAGCUUCAGCCAAUACCAUGAUGGAGAUCUACAAUGAGAUCCAUGGCAAGUGGGAGCUUAAUGAAGAAGGAGUGCUAGUGUGGCCUCUAUACGUUGUAGAAGAGGGGGAGGAUAUUGAGGGCUUGCCUAACUUUGAUGCUUGGGUGAUAGAGCCCCUUGAAGCGGAGGCCGAACCAUUAAGCACUCCACCAUCCUCUCAGCUUGUUACCGCUCCAACUCUUUGCUUGCCAGCUUGUUUUGCUCAAGCUCAGACAUUUCCUGCUCGGGCUUCUGUUGCUCCAACUGACGUGUCUAUUCCCCUCGAUCUGACGGAUGAUUAGUUUAGGGUUUAUUUCUUUCUUUUGCAUUUUUUGUAAUGGUCAUUUGACCCCUUUGAACACUUAUAUCAUUAUCUCAUGUACUACAAUCAUGUAAAUUUUGAACAGAAAUACAAAUUUGGAGAUUUU